AUGAUGUUACAUCAUUUCAAAAAGAAACAUUUCAUUAUAAUGUCGGUUUCGUUUCUCUCUGUCUAUUUGGUGUUGCUUAUAAUCGGUGGUGUAGGACCACAAUACUCAAUAGUGAGAGAUGCAAAUCAACCAAUGACAGUUUGUUCCGGUUCUCCCAACAACUGCACCCUAACAAUCACACCAGCCACACCUGUCCUCACUUGGACCGACUCAAUCGGAGCACUCUCCAAAUCCAACAGAAAUCUAGCAUUAUAUACACAAAUCAAUUUAUUUGAUACAAAUUCUUCAAUAUCGAGUUUAAAAAUACCAAUGAGAAUAAAAUUGGUUGGAGUAGAUUCUGAAAGACAAUAUGAUGUCAGUACGACGAAUCAGACGUUUCCAACACAAUGUAGUUCCAGACAGUGUCAGUCGUUUUUGGUGGUCAACGAGAUUGGUGUUGAUUAUCCAGCGUAUACAGUGACUAUCGAUCUGUUUGGUUUCGAUAACAUCACAUCGGUCGAACAGAUAGACUUUACAUUCCAGUAUGUCAAUUCAUCGUAUGCACUCUUUGAGAUGCUCGUUCGUUUGAUAUUCGUAAUCAUCACAGUCUGUGCAUUUGCAGGAUUUCUCUUUAGCCUCAGGAAAUUCAAUUGGAGACAAUGGACAACAGAACAAAGAUUUAUGGUUCUUAUAUUGCCCGCAUUAUUCUUUUUCAACAUAACAUCAGGUGUUGGAGCAUUGAUGAUUGACGACUUUUUCAAAACUAUUUUUAUUUCAGUAUUGUUUUACUUUUGGUUUGUUAUAUUCGAUGGAAUUAGAAAGAAUGGAACAGAGUAUAGUUAUAUAAAGUUCUAUGUUCCAAAGAUAGUUUUAGCAGUUUCAUUUUUCUUGUCGAGUUUAGUAACGAUGAGUAUUUUCGAAUAUAAACAAAAACAUGAUCCACUAUCAAUCAAUCCUUCAUAUACAAUGAUUAUAUUCGGUGUUAUUUCAGCAAUUAUUAUGAUAGUAUUCUUAUUUUAUAUAGUUUAUUUAAUUGCCAAAGGAUGGAUAACUACAAAGACACUACCUUUCAUCAAUAUUAAGCUGAGGUUAUUGCUGUUGCUCAGUGUCUUUGUCAUUGCGGCACUCGGACUUGGCAUUCUAUUCAGUUGGAUCGAUUCAACCGGUCGCAAUGCCAUUCAAUUCUUCUCAUACUCUGGAUUGGUCAAUCUCUAUAUAUUCGCACUGACCAUUCUCUACCUGCCACAUCCAAACUCUGACAUGUUGUAUCAAAACUUGAAUAGAGACGGUGCUGAACUACCUCAUCUUAGAUUAGAUAAAGAUAAAGAAGAGGAAGAAUUCAACGAAGUUUAUCUAUAA